AUGGCCACGGCAGCGGCAGCAGCUGGCGACACGGCGCAGCCCAAGCGCUCUGUUUUCGCUUUGGCGCUUGAAAAAGCCCCGGCUGCCAGGGACACAGAAGACACCAUUUUGACAGACGGCUUCUUGAAUCUCUGUGACCUCAUCAUCCCCGUGAUUGAGUCCUUCGGCAGCGCUUUUGCCAUCGUCCGGGGCGACAUAUCUGGCAACAUUGAGCGCCUGCGGACGCGGUAUGCCACCGACCCCUCCAAGUUUUCCAAGCUCUUCUCCAUAGUGGACGACGAGGUGGCGCGGGGCGAUCAGAGCCACAGCUCAUCAUGCACCAAGGGGCUGCUGUGGCUCAAACGGGCGAUGGAGUUCAUGGUCCAGAUCCUGCGGCGGCUGGGUGACUCACCGGAGUCCACCCUCAGCGAGGCCGUCAACGAGACCUACUACGCAACACUCUACAAAUUCCACGGCUUCUUCGCAUCAUCAGCAUUCAGGGUCGCGUUUGCGUUCGUGCCCAACCGGGGGCCGUUCCUGGAGCGCGUGGCGGGCGGCAGCUUUGACGAGCAGACUGCAGCCGAGAUGGCGCAGUUUGUUGAGGUCUUCACGGGGCUGCUGGCUGAGGUGCACACCUUCCUGGACAAGCGGGGCCUGGACGAUCCCUGCAAGGUCUGA